AUGUAUCCCUCUACAGUCGUUUCAAUUGCUCUACUCGCAUCCGGCGCUCUCUCACACUCCCCCAACUCCUACUACUUCGAUCCCAAAGAGCAUCUUGCAGGUGUGACGCCUCCUUUCGACCCGCUCGAUCCUCCGCUCGACCCAAGCCCACCGCAGGGUUGUCAGGUAACUCGGGCAGCGUACCUCAUCCGCCAUGCAGCUAUCUAUGCAAACGACUAUGAGUACGAGAGUUUCAUCGAGCCCUUCGUUGAAAAGCUCUCCAAUACCGUAGUUGACUGGUCUAAGAUUCCAGUUUUGUCCUUCCUCGCAACAUGGGAGAGCCCCAUCACGGCCGCUGACCAGGAAAAGCUGACCAAGAGUGGUAAGCUGGAGGCCACGAGGUUGGGGUUGGAUGUUGCACAGAGAUACCCGGGAUUGAGGAAUCCCCAAAAGAUAUUCGCGUCGAGUGCCGAGCGGACAGUCAAGAGUGCAGAGUAUUUCGCUGAAGGGCUGGCGGAUGAUAGUUUCUCCAGCCAAGUUGUGCCCAUUUCGGAGAGAAAGGAAGAGGGGGCCAAUUCUUUGACGCCGUACAAGAGCUGUUCCAAAUUCAUCGGCUCUACAGGUAGCGAUCAAUCAAGUAUUUUCCGCAGUGCUUACACAGAGCCCCCUGCCGCAAGAUUCAAUGCUGCUGCUCCAGCUUUCAACUUCACAGACACGGACAUCUACGCCAUGUCUCUCCUCUGUGGCUACGAAACCGUAAUUCGAGGCUCCUCUCCGUUCUGCGACCUGGAAGUCCUCACACCAAACGAAUGGUUGGGAUUCGAAUACACGAACGACAUCAUGUACCACUAUAAUGCUGGCUACGGAAAUCCAUUAUCGGGAGCAAUUGGCUUCCCAUGGGUCAACGCCACUUUCAACGCCCUGAUGUCCACCCAGGACAAGAUGUCCAACGACACCACAGACCAAGAUCUGUACAUCUCUUUUACGCAUCGACAGCACCCUCCUACGGUGCUUGUCGCACUAGGACUGUUCAACAACUCCGCUUUCUCAGGCGCGAACAACAUCAAUGGAACCAUGCCUACAGACAGGAUCAACCACCGCCGAGCGUGGAAAUCUAGCCACAUCCUGCCUUUCCUCACGAACGUGGCCAUUGAGAAGAUGGCGUGCGACAGCUUCAGCUUUGAUAGAGGAAACUAUUACAGAGUACUUGUCAACGACAGCCCGCAGAGCUUAGAUGGCUGCUCUGAUGGCCCAGGGGAGAGCUGCCGUGAAAGUGAUUUGACGAAUUGGUUGGCUGAGAGGGCGACGAUUGCGGGGGACUAUGGUACGACGUGCCAGGUUGCCUAUUCGAACAGUACGGAUAUUUUGAGCAUCUACAGCUCCUGA